ACCGCCUUCGAAGGUUCGCGGAGCUCCAACGGCCCUCGGGGCCCCAGCUGAGGGAGCCCUUGGCGCGCCUGCGCAGACGGCACCCGGGUGCAAAAAUGAAUCCAAACAUGGACAUCAAAAAACCCUUGCUUGCCAGAAAAACAAUGACUCCGAGCAGCCGAAAGCAAGUGAAAAUGUUGAACAAAAUGAAGUAUGCCCAAGGAGCGGAAAAGACUGCAAAUGAUGCCUCCAGUGAAGAUAAUCAUGUUCACCAAAAAAUAGUUGAAACAAACUGCUUGCAUCCGAGUUCGCUGGAACAACUUGACUGUAGUCCCGAAUCAAAACCAACACAAUUGUCUCCUAGGACGCUAAACAAACCAUUAGCUAAUUUAGUUCUCAAUUCUGAAAUCAGCAUUUAUAAUGACCACCGAGAAAUGUCCAAAGAUCAUCCAUACAACACUUGCACAACAAACUCUGAUGUCAAACAGAUUUGGAAUGCUGGUGCUUUACAGGAUAUACUGUACAGUUGGUAUGAAAAAGAAUCCAAUUCCCCCAUAGUUAAGCCAGUGGAAGUGCACUUGAAUUUAGAACCAAAUAGCCAGCUGUUACGCAAUUCAGAAGAACAGUUUUCAGUUACCUCUCCCACGAAUGCAAUCCCUGCCUUAGAUAGAGUAAUGGAAACAACAGAAGAAACACUUGUCAAUCAAACUAUUCCAAUAUUGGAAAGGGAAGAUGGUAACGUCCAGCUGCAUAAGAAAAUGGUUAAUUCUUCAGUCCAGACAGAUGAUAGUCUGAGGAAAAGGAGAGUUUCAGAAAGUAGUGAAGAUGCCCUUUCCAAACGCAUCAAAUCAUCUGGCAAAGAAUGUGAUACAAGCUUAGAUAAAAGACAAUCUGGUUUGGGAAAGGUCAGGUCUUUUAUUCAAAAUCGGAUGGAUACUUCGAUGGGAAAAUUGGAUCACCAACUCCAACAUUUACAUGAAAGAAUUGAUCGCACCCAAUGCCUACGAAAGCAUGAAGGAAUUGCUAUUAAAAUUGUAAAGAGAAUCUCUAGGCUUGACAGACGCAUUAAUGCUGUGAUAACAUUUCAGAAUGCAGGCUUAUCCAAGAAGGUCAAGUGUCCAGGAGCAGACUCACAAAAUAAAAUAUUAAAUUGCACCACGCCUCUGCCUGGCGAUGCAAAUGUCAAGGCGACACCAUCAAAUACCAGUGAAGCUCUUUCUAAAGGCACUGAAACAUUUGAUGACAUUGUUUGCAUUGAUCUGGUGAACAAAAAUUCAGGUGUGGAAGCUGUGAAUGCUACAGAUGUUCAGCAGAAAGGCUCUUCUGUGAAGACAAACACUCCAGCUGAAAUGCCAUGCAACUCUAAGAAUCUAUUACUGAUCGAUUUAACUGAUGAAGAAAGCAGUGUUGAUAAAGUUGGUGGAGAAAAGGAGAGAAAGAUUGCAGAGAGAAGACACUCGGCACCAGAAGUCCUGAUACCAGAUCCUCCCCAGUCUGCACUACAGUUAUCAAAAGAGGUUCCGAAAGAGUUUUCCCACCUCCCUCCCUUACCGAGGACUCCCUCGCAGCCGGAGCACGUGAAUGGAUUCUGGAACACGCUCCCGCCUCAGAAGCUCGAACUCGCUGUUGCUCACGUCCAAAACCCCAAAAGCAUUGCCCUCCAGUGGAACAUCACAACCGUGGAACCCAGGUGUGCCCCCAUAGACAGCUUCCACUUGUUCAUAUGCGUAGAGGGACCCAAAGGCAGUGUGUCAUGUGAUUGGAUGAAGAUGACCAAAAUCAAGGCGUUUCCUCUCCCCAUGGCUUGCUCUUUAUCUCGGUUCCCAGGUCCCACCAGGUGCUAUUUCACCAUGCGGUCCAAAGACAUUUACGGGCGCUAUGGGCCCUUCUGUGAUAUUCAGUCCAUUUCUUCUCUAUAGUUCCUGUGGGAGGAGGGGUGAGAGCCCUCUCAGUAUAACGUGUUUACAUGCCCUGCUCUGUGCACUGUUUAACAGCUGUAUUUGCACAAUUCUGUUUAUUGUAAAAAUUCCACUUAAAAUUCUUCGUUGACCUCUUUCCUCUCCUCAAAGGAGAGAAUUACGAAUGCUGUUAUCUGUGGGGAGGUAAUAAUUUUCUUUAAAUUUAAUUUUUGCUGCAUUCCUCGUAAACCAAGAUGGAAAAAGUGUUCACCUAAUACUGAAGGAGUAAUAGGGUUUUGUUUUAAAAGAGUAAACUGCCUUUCAUGUUGGGUUUUCAAAAAACAAACAUUAUUGAGAGAGAUGUUUCUAAAUUUACCACAAACAAAAAACAUUAAAAUCAAUUUAAUUUAGUGACAUGUGCCUGUAAACCGCCAGUGUCUGGCAUGGUCUACUAGCACACCCCAUGUUCCUGAUCUGAUAGCUUAUGUGCAUAAAUAGUGGUACUGUUUUAAAAUGGAAUUACAUCAUGUUGGUUUUCUCAAAAACGACAGUUUUGCUCCAUAUAUAUAAAUGUGAAUGAGGAGUCAUCUGAAACCGGUAAGUGGCCUUGUAUGUUCUAGCACACUGAUGCUAACAGUCGGGAUGAAGGCAACUAGUUUUAUUCUGCAUACCUGAAAGGAUGUAUGGGUAACUGUCUUUCUUUCCCAAACGUCUCACCCCAUCCUGGCCAAUGUUUAAUGGAAAAGGAUGAAGACCUCUUAGUAUUUACCAAGGGGUGGGGAACGACCCAUUCUACAUUUCCUUACAAGAAUACUCUGGGCCUAGGGUGGUAUGAACUUUGCAUGAAGUAGGGGCCUACACGGUUUAGCUGGGCAGUGGGAUCCAGCUAUUGAUUUUAAUAGCCAGUGUAGUUCUGCAUUCUUGCUUCCAUUUCCACUGGAGCGUUGCACUCGAUUGGUUGGUUUUGGUACCUGCUGCGUGGCUGGAGGGAGUUCUUCCAGCACAGGAGCAGGAGGUGGGGUGUUUUGCGGGAACUGCUUCCGUUUAACCCAUGACACCACAUCCAGCUCUUCCUUGCCACCUUGCUGGCAGUUUUUUUAAAAAAAAAAUGGUUACCCCCUACGGUGGAAUAGUACCAGUAGUGACUUUCUCUGCUGGACGCCUUCAGUAAAUUCGGGGUUAGCACUGGCAACUGGAUUCACAGGCUCAUACGAAGAAAGUUGGCACCUGUUGCCUAUAUAAAUUAAGGUAAUUAAGCCUCUAGCUGCUCAGUGUACAUGCUUCUGCUUUCAUUAGUUACGAGAAAGGCUGCAUGUUAAAGUCUCACCCUUUGAACACUGCGGGAGUCUUCCUUAGGCACACAGGUGCACACGCUUCAGCUCCUGAGAUUCAAACAGACCUCGCUUUCAAGCCCACCUUCUCAGUGUUGAGGGUUAGAAGUUUGUUUGUUUAAAAAAGUAUGAAAGUGAAAGUUGCUAUCCCAGGAACCCUGGAAUCCGUGUCCCAUAGCGGAUUGUAUGCAGUCUGUGCCUUUUCUCUAUCCCGCUCUUUGAUUUUUCCAGCAGUUUGAUUUUUUUCUUUCAGUAUUUAGGCAGAUGCUAACAGAAACACAACAGAAACGUGAUGCCAAGCACAAUACUGGUUGCAACUUUUAUUUCCAUAUACACAGCGGAUAUAUAAAAUACAAAACAAUUGAGGCACAGUUGGUAGAGUUAAGCUCACUGUCUUGAAAAGAUUGUCCACUGAGAAAUCCAGAAUGUUUGGUAACUUCCUUUUAAAUUUUGGAAAAAAGGGUACUACAAAUGCAAAAAGGGACUCCUUGUUAUUCCAGGCGGAGUUGCAAAGGCAGUAAAACGAAAAUUCGUAAUGAGUAGGCUGGAAGAUAUAGCUAUAUUAUAACUUCCUAUUUGCUUUUAGUAAGGGGUCAAAAAGUAAUAAUGUAAAUACUGCUAAAUAUGUAUGUAUGUGUUCAUACAAUUUUUUUUUACAUAAAUAUAAAUUCAAACUGUAAAAUCA